CUUAAUGAGAGAUAUAAAUAACUUUUUGUAAGAUCACAUGGACAACACAGACACUGUAGAAUUUGUCCUGGACUUAAAAGGACAGGUCCGAUCCCCACCACAUAAAAACUUGAAGAUUAAUCCAAUGGAAGACGACAAACAACAAAAGUUGGGAUUUUGGUCCCGAAAUUAAGAGUCUGUCUAAAACAAAUAUUUGAAGGGGUGAAAAUAGAGCUGCUGCUGAUCAUUCUCCGAGACAAUUAAGUUCCAUGUACGUCUGUUUUAGACACUCUUGACCAAAUUUUGGUGAAUUGAAGGUAUAAUGAUGAUUAACUUAAUAAUUCAAUAUUAAUUUUUAACUUACUUUUCAUUUUUUUUUUUUAAUGUCUCAAAUACUGUGGUUCUUAGUCCAUGCUCAUCAUUCCUAAUCCUUAAAUCGUCCAAAAUUUCUCUCAACAAGUGGGCAAAUACAAGGCAAAACUGAUUAUAUUAGCAUGCAAAGAAAGCUAAAAAAAAAUACCAGAAAAAAAAAAUUGUAAGAAAUUUUGGUUGUUUUCUAUCAGACAACUUGUGUUUGGUUUGACUUGAAACCUUAAUCCUAGAAAUCUUUUAAGAGUCAAAAAUCCAACGGGUAAGAGAAGGCACCAAGAAAGAAUUGAGGUAGUGGUAGAGAGUUCCCAUAAUAAAAAAGAGUAGAGACCCCAAGAGGGGGACAUCAUGGAAUGUGAAACACAAAAAACUCAUACCUUUCCUUCCCAGAGCCUGGUCCUCCUCUUUCGCUCUAAAGUUGAAAGCAACUGCAACUUGUCGCUUUCUCUGCCACUCGUUCUUAUGGCUUUUUAUUUUAAUCUCUUCAGCAUUAUUAUUAUUAUUUUUUUUUUCUCCCUUGCCUUCUCUUGGAAACUCUUUUUAGAGCCACAAUCCUAAAAAGGUAGGGGAAGAAACUUGGAAAGAGCAACUCUUUAGUCUUCGUAGUCACCUCCUUUCCAUUUUCAAUCUUCACAACCCACGACACCAACCACCCCCCACCCCCCCCCCCCUCUCUCUCUCUCUGAACACAUUAUCCACUUUCUUUGUCACUUCCAAUAAUUGUCACAAUAAAAACCCAGUCUUUCUAUUCUCCCUCUUGCUGCUUUCUGUCCCGUUCAAGCCGUGGAAGACAAAAGUUAUACUCUAUCUUUCUCUUUCAAGACUAUUGAUCAAAGUGUUGUCAGGAAUCUAAUGGCUUCUUCUUCUGCUCCUGCUUCUUCUUCUUCUUCUUCUUCUUCUUCUUGACCUUCUUUAUUCUCUGCAAUUUUUGUGUAAUUGAGUUUUAGAUUUCCAAUUCUUGCUUGUUCAUACUUCAACUUGCCGCUGUUUCCUUUCCCGCCUCUUUUUCAAGGUGUUUCUGCAAUUUGAAAGCGUGGAGAUUUCCAAAAGAUUCGAUUUUUGCCUCUUCUGUGCAUCAGUUCUUGGGUUCUCUCAGUGAUUGGCUAGGUGGAUCACUUGGAGAAGAAUUCUGUUUGAAAGGGCAGAAAGAGAGAAAAUUACUUACAAGACAAGUAUGUUCUAUGGGCUAUAAUCUUAAGACAUCUUGGAGAUUAGCUGAAUUGGACAACCAAAACAUUCCUCACAUUGCACAAACUACUGUGUCUAGUUGCUUAGGAGUGCAACAGGCUACAGGGCAUUGCUCAGUAGACUUAAAAUUAGGGAAUUCAAGUGAUUUGGAGGACAAGUUGGAAAAAUUUGCAGGUCCAGAGGACUCUUUAAUGGAGUCAUCAUCGUCUGGAUCAUCGAAAAGAGUUCGGACACCUUCCGGUGCAAACCAAGUCCCUACGUGCUUGGUUGAUGGAUGCACUUCAGAUCUUAGCAAAUGCAGGGACUAUCAUCGACGACAUAAAGUAUGUGAGCUCCACUCCAAGACCCCUAAGGUUUUUAUUAAAGGUCAGGAGCAGCGGUUUUGCCAGCAGUGCAGCAGGUUCCAUUCUUUGGUGGAGUUUGACGAGGGAAAGCGAAGCUGCAGGAAACGUCUUGAUGGACAUAACCGGCGUCGAAGGAAGCCUCAACCUGAUUCUCUGUCUGUAAAUUCUGCAAGGUUGUUGUCCAAUCGCCAAGGUACUAGAUAUCUGCGGUUUGGUGGCUCCCAAAUGUUUUCUACCAGUCCUGAGAGCACUGCAUGGAAUGGUGCAGUCAAACCCGAGAAUGAUCCAAUGCUUUACACAAGCCAAUCCUCACUUGACUUCAGCAGCGGAAAAAACCUUUUUCCUGGCUCCCUAUCUCAUGGCUAUAGAAGUGGAAAGCAGUUCCCAUUCUUACAAUGCACUAGUUCUGCACUCCUUGGAGAAUCUGUCUGUCAAAGUAUUUUCAAUGCUGAUUCCACCUUAGGCAGUACCUGCAGCAGCCAAAAAAUGUUCUCUGAUGGGCCAAAUCGAUUCCUUGACUCGAACCGUGCUCUCUCUCUUCUGUCAUCUCCAUCAGCCGAGACUAGGGAGAUUGGCUUGAGCCACAUGGCACAGCCUAACUUGAACCCCCAAGCUCAGUCCCCGAUCUCAAACCUCAACUUUAGCUGUCUCGGAAUGGAAAGUGGACCUGUUAAUUCUGUUCUGGUCUCUGAUGGCGGUAGCAAUGCAAAUCUCCAUGGUCAGGAUGUGUUUCAGAUUGGACCUGAAGGGUCAUCCACUAGCGGAUCUCUCCAGCCACUUUCCUUCUCUUGGGAGUAAUUUGCACACCAUUUCCAAAUCUUGUGCAUUCUGGCUUUUGUGAUCGAAUGCUUUAAAUUUGAAAAAUAAAGGAUUUUAUGUCCUAAACUAUUGGAUUGCUGUGACAUUGUUAUGAUGCUCCUGAAAUGUGGGAUGGAUCCCUACUCAGACAACUGUGGGGAUUGUAAAAUGCCACUGUAUUGUAUACAUGCGUUUUCUCCCUUUCUUCUGUUCAUUAAACAUUAAGCUUCCAAUGUUGUAAGACGAAUGCAUUUUCUGAAGAAAAUAAGUGCAUUAUUGGCUUC